AUGCAAGAUUUUGAAUCGGUCGGAGCUUGGUUCGACGGCGUCGCGAAGUUCAAUUGCACCUCAGUCUCCAAAGUCCCCAAUGCCUCGAUCGCCAUUGUCGGGGGCGGUGUUUCCGGGCUUACCACCGCUCUCAUGCUAGAUAGCAUAGGUCUUCACAACUGGGAGAUCAUCGAAGCUAGCGAUAGAGUCGGCGGACGCUUCAGGACCAAGUUUGUUGGUGGUACACAGGAAUUUGCAGAGAUGGGCCCGAUGAGAUUGCCGUAUACCGUCACGUAUAAGAGUGAUAACUCUACACAUGAGUAUACGGAGCAUCGCUUGACUUUCCAGUUGGCCGAGACUCUCAAUUCCAUGAAUGGCAAUGACUCAAAGUGGAAAGUCGACUUUAUUCCCUGGAUUCAACAUCAUCCCAAUGAGCUUAUUGCUUGGGGAACUGGUCGCCAUCCUGAUGGCAGCAUCCCAACGAGAGCAGACAUUCUCGCAAACUCAAGCCUCGCCAGACCGCCAGCUAUGGUCUCCGCCGAGUAUAACGAAACCAAGCGCCGUAUGAAUGAGAUCCUCAAGAACGAAACUAUGCUCAAAGCCAUUCAGGCCGACGUCUGGCGGUCUCACAAAUUCGUCAUGGGCCAGGGCUACGAUGACUGGAGUGAACAAUGUAUGAUGCGGGAAUCUUUCCAUGCCAGCGAGAACGUAACUGAUGCUAUUUGGACUGCGACGGAUUAUGAUGUCUUCUGGGAUGAAUUGGUGCACAACUCAAACCUAGCAUUGGAUGGGACGAAAGACUCUUUAGGCGAGACAGAGUGGAAGUGCGUUGAUGGAGGCUUCAAUCGACUCACCGAUGCUUUCAUCCCUCACGUUUCCGAUCGUCUGGUUCUCAAUCGUAAGAUCAGAAAGCUCGAACCAGUCAAGAGUAAAGAUGGCCAAACUCGAACAAGGCUCUCAUGGUAUCCCAGCGUCAAGAAACGGACGUUCGAGUCGAAAGACUACGACUACACCAUCAUGGCAGCUCCCUUCACAAUGACCCGCUUCAUGGACCUCCCCUCAUUCUCAUCCGUCCUCGGCCGCGCAAUCAGCGAAGCAGGCCUACGCUUCAAAUCCGCCUGCAAAGUCUCCCUCCUCUUCUCCGAACGUUUCUGGGAGAAAGGCGACCGCCCCAUCUUUGGUGGUUACUCCAUUCCUGAGAGUAGACCCAUCGGCGCAUUAUACUAUCCUGUCUACGGACUAAAUGAGUCCCGACCUGGGCUGAUUACACACUACCGUGGUGGAGAUUGGAGUGAUCGCUACGUCAGCUUCUCUGACGAAGAGCACGUCCAGACAGUUCUCGCCGCAAUCGUUAGUCUUCACGGGGAGCAAGCGCGAGAGCUCUAUACGGGUGAUUAUGAACGGUUGUGCUGGUUGCAAGAUGAACAUACUGCGACAUCGUGGUGUCGUCCUGAUGUUGAGCAACACAAUCUGUACAUCCCGGCGUAUCAUCAGACGGAGCACAAUACUAUCUUCAUUGGUGAGCAUACAGCCCCGACACAGGCUUGGAUUAGCUCAGCUAUAUACUCCGCUGCAAGGGGGACGAUUCAAUUGUUGCUAGAGCUAGGAAUGGUGGAAGAGGCAAAGGAGAUCAAUCGACGUUGGAUGGGAAGAUGGAUUAGGCACGAGGCCAAGCCAUGA